GCCGCUCCUCACAGGCCGCCGCCGCAGCCAUGGCGGAAGUUCAUAGACGUCAGCAUGCUCGGGUUAAAGGAGAAGCCCCCGCGAAAUCCUCCACACACAGAGAUGAGGAGGAGCUGGGGAUGGCGUCGGCCGAAACGCUGACGGUGUUCCUGAAGCUGCUGGCCGCCGGCUUUUACGGCGUGAGCUCCUUCCUCAUCGUGGUGGUGAACAAGAGCGUGCUCACCAACUACAGAUUUCCCUCCUCACUAUGUGUUGGACUUGGCCAGAUGGUGGCCACAGUGGCAGUUCUGUCGGUGGGAAAGGCGCUCAAAGUAGUCAAGUUUCCUGACCUUGACAGAAAUGUACCUCGAAAGACGUUUCCACUACCUCUCCUAUAUUUUGGGAACCAAAUCACGGGACUGUUCAGCACAAAGAAACUGAACUUGCCAAUGUUUACAGUUUUGAGAAGGUUCUCCAUCCUGUUUACAAUGUUUGCUGAAGGAGUUUUACUCAAGAAGACCUUUUCUUGGGGCAUCAAGAUGACUGUAUUUGCGAUGAUUAUUGGUGCCUUUGUAGCUGCCAGCUCCGACUUGGCAUUUGAUCUGGAAGGAUAUGUUUUUAUCCUGAUAAAUGAUGUCUUGACAGCAGCAAAUGGUGCAUACGUAAAACAAAAAUUAGAUUCAAAAGAGCUGGGAAAAUAUGGCCUGCUCUAUUACAAUGCACUGUUCAUGAUUCUGCCCACAUUGGCCAUUGCAUAUGUCACAGGAGAUGCACAAAAGGCAAUGGAUUUUGAAGGCUGGGCCGACACUCUCUUUCUUCUGCAAUUCACCCUCUCCUGUGUGAUGGGGUUUAUCUUGAUGUACGCCACAGUACUCUGCACUCAGUAUAAUUCUGCUCUUACAACUACAAUAGUUGGCUGUAUUAAGGGAAAGGAUGCCUGCCAGAAGCUAAUCAAGGGAGUUUUCCUAUGCCUGAGCCAGACUUUAAAUGGCCCACUUUUAAAAGCUGUGUCUGCAUUCCCAGUGAUGUCAUUUCCUCUUGAUCCAUUUCAUUGGAGGGAGGCUCAUUUGUCUCCAGCUGAGAGAGCCAAGGUAAUAUGCUGAAGUUAGUGCCUUGAAGCUGGGCCCUCUUUAAUCUGACUUUGUGAUUCUAUUACUUUUAAGAUCCAAGAGGCCAUCUGUUGCUGUCAAGUCAGUUCCAGCUCAUAGCAAUCCUGUAGGACAGAGUAAAACUGCCCCAUAGGGUUUCCAAGGAACAGCUGGUAGAUUCAAAGUGCCUACCUUUUGGUUACCAGUUGAGCUCUUGACCACUGCACCAUCAGGGCUUCCAAGAGGGCACAGCAUGGUUGAAUUCCAAAUGACUUUGCAAAGGAGGUUUGCUUUUUAAAAAAGGCAAGACAGAGGUCCUUGAUCAUUUGGGGAAAAGGGUGCAGUUGCCCUUGUGAUGUCCCUUCUAAUACCCCAUCAGUCAGUAGGGAGGGACGGGGUUGCAGAGGUAAAGUUUUUACUGCUCUGCUGUGUUUCCCACUGCAAUGCUCCAAAUGGAGUGGUGCCCACCUGACCUUAUUUUGGAAACUAGAUUUGGAUUAAAGCUCUAGAAGUUCUGUGGCUUCAGAUAACGGAAUUAGAAUGUUUGCUGUGAAGAGGAUUCUAAAAUAAGCUAUAUAACAAGUCAAUUGUGUGAAUUGCCCAGAAAGCUGGAGGCAGUUUUAGCCCCCAAAUUAGCUCUCAGCUGUGUUUUGGUUUUGUAGCGUGAUUGCUUCAAGAGCAAAGUGGGUUGCAUGUAUCUUCAGAAUAAGAGCAGCAAAAACACAAGAGACAGGGCAGUUGGUACCACACUCUUCAAGGAAGAGGAUGGUGCCAGAAAUCCUGUGUUUAAUUUUAACAAUUAGACCUACUUGCAUGGACUCUCUCUUAGUGUUCUUACUUUUGUCAUUAUCAGUAUUGGGUACAAAUACAGUCAUUCUCUUAUUAACGUAAAGUCCAGUACCUUUCUUUUGAUAUAUCCUCUUCUUCACAGGAGUCCAGGAACCCCAGGGACUUAUUUAAUCUAAAGGGAUCCAAACUCUGGAGGGAGGGAAAAACUGUAUUUUCUAAUUAGUUCAUUGUUAGUGUUGCUUCCCAUUAGUUCACGCGGUAUCGCUGUUGAACGAUGUCUUGCCCCUUUGGACAAAUGGGAGUCUGCUGAUGCCCUUGCUGUUUCAGAUUCUCACAGGCCUCAGUGGAACUUUUUACACUGGCCUCUAUCUUAGUCACCUAGUGCUCCUACAACGGAAGCACCACAACUCGGUGGCUUUAACAAACAGAAAUUUAUCUUCUCACAGUUUAGGAGGCUAGAAGUCUGAAUUCAGGGCGCUGGCUCUAGGAGAAGGCUUUGUUUCUUUGUUGGCUCUGAAGGAAAGGUCCUUGUCUCUUUUGAACUUCUGCUCCUGGGCAGUCUUCAUGUGACUUGGCAUUUCUCUUCCCCCAUCUUUGUUUGUUUGCUUUGUCCUUUGCUCAAUGUGUUUUUAUAUCUCAAAGAGAUUAAGACACACCCUACAGUAGUAAUACUGCCUCAUUGACAUAACAAAGAAAACCCAUUCGAGCUGCCAGUAUAGAUUCCUCUUUGCUUCCUUGGAAAUUUCUGCUUUGGGGGGUUGGUGCCCUUUCCUGACAGCAAGCCUUGGUUAAGAUCCUCUAAUACACACCUUCAGGUUUUCUAACUUCUGAUUUUGAGCAACAGGGUUUGGAUUCUGUGACCUUUCUCACUCUGAACUUUCUGGGCAGCUUAUGCAAAUUGGGAGCCCUGGUGGCCCAGAGGUUAAGAGCUUGGCUGUUAACCAAAAGGUUGGCAGUUCAAAUCCACCAGCAACUCCUUGGAAACCCUAUGGGGCAGUUCUACUCUGUCCUAUAGGGUCACUGUGAGUGGAAAUCAACUUGACAGGUUAUGCAAAUUGAUCCAGCCUCUCUCUCUCUCUCUCUCUUUGUCUUUCUUUCUCUCUCUUUCUGCAUUCAAAGGAGGGGCAGCUUUUUCUCAUCAUAGGGCAAAAAAAAAAAGAGGUCCUGUUACAGAGUUUCCCCAGUUGCCAACUGACCUUAUUCGCUGUUGCAUAUUUAAUUUUAUUUUUUCCCCCUCUAAUAAUAAGAAGGAAACCCUGGUGGCAUAGUGGUUAAAGAGCUAUGGCUGCUAACCAAAAGUUCGGCAGUUGAAAUCCACCAGGUGUUUCCUUGGCAACUGUACUCUGGGGCAGUUCUCUGUUUGUCCUAUAGGGUUGCUAUAAUAAGAAAAUCUGCUCUAAGGAGCUUGUAGACUCCAUCCUUAGGCCUGGAAGAGGCUGAUGUGAUUUUGAAUACUUUUUCUCAGGGUACAUCAUUAUAAAAUUUUUUUGGAAUUUUUUUUUUUUAACCUUUUAGAAAUACUUUAGCACUUUACUUUCUGCUUCAUAGACAUAAUCUACUAGAGCCCAGGUACUAAAAAAUGUUUGAGAUUUAAAAUUUGUGGCCGUUGUAAUGGAGAGCAGGGCAGUAACAUAUGAGGAGAGGUUGGGGAGUAUUUGAAUAGUAGUUCAAACUUUGAAACUUUUGUUUCACUUUUACUGUCUGAGGAUAGUCAAAAGGGAGCCUGAUAAGCAGAAGAUGUUUGCACCUGGGAAUUUAAAGGAGUCAGAGAGGUGUAAUGCUUACAGAUGAUUUCCCGUAUGUUUUUAGACUACCAAGAAAGAUUGUUUAAAAACAGUUUUCAUGCUGGUAAAGCCCCCACCAUCCCUUUUUUCCUGUUGAAAAAGAGGGAAAGAUGCUUGCAGUCUUUCCUACUUCGGCCUCCCCUCACAAGUCAACAGUUGCUCAAUGUGAGCAACUUUUGUCCAAGACUGUCAGGUGUGCCUUUGUGUUUCCUACUCCAGUUAUAGCAGUGUUUCUCAUUUAGGUUUAUAAUGUCAGCCCAUACUAGUGGGCAGGAAAGUUUGGUAACUGUUGAUAUUCUUCAGUAUUGGUGAAAGCAUUUGCCUUCUGGAAGGAUAGCUUGGGAAGAGGCUAAUGUCAUUGUUUCCUUCUUAGCGUUCUUUAAGGACAGGUAUUUGGGUCACUUAGUGUGAGUGAGUUUAUGUGUAUAUUUAAAAAGCUCAGUUAAACUUAUGUAACAGUAUAUUGUUGCUUUUCU